UGUAAGUGAAACACCUGUUUCAUUAACAUACAGACAUAUAUUGAGUCAAAAACAAGUGUAGACACAUGACAUAAUAAUGAACAACUGGAAUUCGUACCAAUCCUUUUUUAAUCGAUUAUUUCUCGCAGCCAUUUUUUGCUUAUAAAAGCUGCUUGUGACCCUGCAAAAAUUAUCAGUUACUGAAAUCACAACAACUCAAUAACAAGCUACCAAUAUGAAGUUCCUUGCUUGCUGCUUAGUUUUGGCUGUCUUCCUUUUCCUGGGACAAACUCAAGCGCAAUGUCCGAAUGCGCCACAAUACUACAGCUGCUCGGGUGGCUAUCACAGCGGUAGAAGUGGCGGCGGUUGCUAUGGUGGCACCAGAUGGUAUUACAAUCCGAACACUAGAAGUUGUGGCAGCUUCUAUUACAAUGGCUGCGGCGGUAAUUCGAAUCGUUAUUGCUCAUACAGCGCCUGUCAACAGCGGUGUUAUUCACGUGGUUAAGAACUUAG